CUGCAGCGACGACAUCGAUGAUGCAUCGAGCUCUCCUUGUACCCGAUGUUCUUCUAGAGAUACUUGGAUUCCUCCGAUUCUUCCGAUUCCCUGAUCGCUGAGUACCUUUGAGAUGCUUUGCAGCGCUUGCAACGACAUGCAAAGCCUUUCACGAACAUGCAAUGAAUGAGCGCUAGCAUUGGACUGACAUAGAGAACUUGGAUCCACUACUAGGCUGUGUAACGAGGCUACAUCAAAUAAUAUAUCAAAAGUCUACUUACUUCCGCGACUGGUCCUCUCGGGGCCUCGAACCGUUGUCUGAGCUCGAGACCCAUCAAUUUUUGCGUCACGCCAUCCGUGUGCGCUCGAUACGUAUAAAAUCCGACACCCAUUUUCAUCUUCUUCCAGUCUUUCCCAGCGAGACAUGUUUGUUUCCCAGACUGAUGUCAAUAUUCUUCGCGCUUCUACGUCCGACUAACUACUCGCAUCUCUUUCUGUCCCCCACGCUGCGUAGUUGUCACCAACAGUACAUUGAUCCAGAUUUCAUAUUAAUGAUGACUCGUGCUGCUUUGGAGCACUUAUUCAUAGAGUCCUUGGAUUGGGUAUCCAUGGAGGACAUUGCAGAUAAGCUGUCCUCUCUGUCUCAAAGUGUCCGUUCGUGCAAGCAACUUGUUACUCUGACAUGUCUUCCCCUCGACCUGGCUGCAUGGGAGCACCUGUCCAACCUCCAUACCCUUCUCGAAAUC